GUGACCUUCAUCGUCAUGCCUGUGGACGCGGCUUGGAACCUCACGGUGCAGUGGCAGGCCGGCGACCUGGCUUGCCGCACCCUCAUGUUCCUCAAGCUGGUGGCCAUGUACUCCUGUGCCUUUGUCACCGUUGUGAUCAGCCUGGAUCGCCAUUCAGCUAUCCUCAACCCACUGGCCAUCAGCGAGGCCAAAAAGAAGAGCAAGGUAAUGCUGAGUGCUGCCUGGCUUAUGAGCUUUGUGCUUGCCAUCCCUCAGAUGAUAAUAUUCCACACUGUGACAAUCACAGUUCCAGCCAACUUUACACAGUGCACCACACGAGGGAGUUUCAUCCAGCACUGGCAGGAGACACUCUACAACAUGUUCACGUUUGUGUGUUUGUUUCUGCUACCUUUGGUCAUCAUGAUCUUCUGUUAUACGCGUAUCUUGGUGGAAAUCUCUCGGAGAAUGACCAAAGGAAACAAGACUUCAAAAGGGGUCCACCUGCGGCGCUCCUUCAGCAACAUUCCAAAGGCCCGUAUGAGGACUUUGAAAAUGAGCAUCAUCAUCGUGACGUCCUUCGUUGUGUGCUGGACGCCAUACUACCUCUUGGGGCUGUGGUACUGGUUUCUCCCUGAUGACUUGGAGGAGACUGUUUCCCACUCACUCACUCACAUCCUUUUUAUUUUUGGCCUCUUCAAUGCCAUUCUGGACCCCAUCACUUACGGCCUGUUCACCAUCCAUUUCCGCAAGGGACUGACUCACUAUCGACGUGACAGAGCCACUCCAGCUGAGCCUGAUAGCAACACGGUUCUAACUGGCUCUUUGAAGUGCUCACCGUCGCCAUUGCGAAUGAAAGGUUUGACGCAGGAAUGUCACAGGAUGGAAGCCAAGGAAAGCAGGGAGGACAGAAAGCCAGGGGCACACAGGAACAUUCUAACAGUGCACAACAAAAGUGGUGGACAGAUGAAUCAGUCAGCUCCAGAAAGUGUGAUAUGA